UCAGGUGUUCGGCAACCUCCAAACACCACCUCGGAAAGGCGACAAUUUCCAAUUGAAUCACAACCAUUGCUAAGCGCCUUGCCAGCUCCUCUCCACUCUCUCACGAUGCGCUCUACCGCCGCUCUCAGGACGUUCCAGCCGACGGCUCGGAUGAUGUUCCGGCCGUCGACUCGGAUGAUGCGCCCCAUUCCCAAGGAAGACCAGGCUGGCCACACCGUCUCCCAGCGACUCCGCAAGCUCAAGCAAAUCCCCGCUGAGCUGAUUCCCCUCGCCGUCGUCGUCGGGUUCGCUGUUUGUGCUGCCGGCUACUCGAGCGUCCGGAAAUUCUUCGUCGACAAGAACCUGCGGCUGUCCCGGCAGGGACCCUCUGGCCGAGCUGAGCACUAGAAACUGUCAAAUACUCCAAGGCCCGCGCCAGCAAUGUUUUACUUUGUCGCGGAAGGUGGAUUACUGUAUAUCUCCACAAGGCAAACAGAGACUCAAUCGCACGAGUUGAUCUUGUCC